AUGGCGAGCUCCUGGGCGCUGGUGCUGGCGGUGCUGGGGGGGGCGUGCGCCCUCCCCGUCCCGGCCCCCCUCGCCUACACGCAGGCGCUGGCUCAGGCCGUCGACUCCUACAACCAGCGCCCCGAGGUGCAGAACGCCUUCAGGCUGCUCAGCGCCGACCCCGAGCCCGCCCCGCUCAUCAAGGAGUGCUCCGCGCCCGUUCCCCAGGGUGGCACCCACCCCGUGCUCGACGUCACCUGCGUGGACCCUGACGUGGACCCCGUCCGCGUCAAGCGCUUCUGGCCGCUGCUGAGCGUCGCCAUCAGGACGGUGUCCACCGGCAUCAACCUCUUCAAGGCCUUCAAGAGGAGAUGA